CAGCAGCAGAGGCUCCGCUGUGGGUCUGGUCUCGCUCGUGCAGCGCUGCAGCAGCACUCUGGGGCUCGUGUGCAGGCGUGAGAGCUGCAUGUGUGUUGGAUGCUCUCCAGUGGAAUGAGUCCAUGGUGACGCUCUGUUGGUGUGUGCUGUCCACCGUGUUGAGGUGAGGGUGUGGUUGCCAUGGUAACCAUGCCUGUGUUGCCCCUGCCUUCUCCUGGACCCUUUAUCUGCCUCCUCCUCUCCCUGCCACUCAUUAUGUCCCAGAAUCCUCCCCUCCACGUGAACCCGACCGCGAACCCUGACCCGCUGCCCUCCCGCUCUCAGCAGUGCAGCAGGAAGGAGCAUCCGGUUACAUCCUAUACAGCUUUGACCCCCUGGCUCUCAUCCUUUUCGAUGUCUGAAGUGUAUGAUUAUUCCCAGCUCACUGUGGACCUCAGCAGGAGCCAGCUGAUAGUGGGGGCCAGAAACUAUCUGUUCAGACUGAAUCUGACUGAUCUCUCUCUAUUACAGGGUGCAGAGUGGGGGGUGGAUGAAGACACACGGAGGUCCUGUCAGAGUAAAGGAAAAACAGAGGACGAGUGUCAGAAUUACGUUCGUGUUCUGCUCCUGAAUGGUUCUCGUCUCUUUGCGUGUGGAACGAACGCCUUCUCCCCAGUCUGCUCCUCCCGGCCCGUUUCAGAUCUUGCUCAAGUCACUGAUUCAGUUAACGGAGUGGCUCGCUGCCCGUACGACCCCAAACACAACUCCACCGCCAUGCUGACGGACAGCGGAGAACUGUACGCCGCCACUGUCAUCGAUUUCUCCGGCCGCGACCCGGUCAUCUACCGCAGCCUGGGCACCCUGCCACCUCUCCGCACUGCCCAGUAUAACUCCAAAUGGCUCAACGAGCCUCACUUUGUCUCUGCGUACGAGGUCGGGCGCUUCACCUAUUUCUUCCUGCGGGAGACGGCGGUGGAGCAGGACUGCGGGAAGGCCGUGUAUUCACGAGUGGCCCGCGUUUGUCAGAAUGAUGUUGGCGGCCGUUUCCUGCUGGAGGACACCUGGACGACAUUCAUGAAGGCCAGGCUGAACUGCUCGCGCUCUGGAGACGUGCCUUUCUACUACCACGAGCUCCAGAGCACCUUCUACCUGCCUGAGCAGGACAUCAUCUACGGAGUCUUCACUACCAACGUUAACAGCAUUGCAGCAUCUGCAGUGUGCGCCUUCAACCUCAGUGCCAUCACUCAAGCAUUUAAUGGACCGUUCCGCUACCAGGAGAACCCCCGGACCAGCUGGCUGUCCACCCCUAACCCCAUCCCCAACUUUCAGUGUGGCACAGUAGGUGAUGGUGGUCCCGGGGGGAAUCUAACAGAGCGCAGUCUUCAGGACGCUCAGCGACUGUUCCUGAUGAAUGAUGUUGUGCAGCCCAUCUCUGUCAAUCCCCUGAUCAGCCAGGACAACAUCCGAUUCUCCAAAGUGGCGGUGGACAUCGUGCAGGGCCGAGACAGGCUGUACCACGUUAUCUACAUCGGCACAGAAUAUGGCACCGUCAUAAAGGCGCUCUCCACAUCCAAUAAGAGCCUGCGUGGGUGUUACCUGGAAGAGAUGAAGCUCCUCCCAGAAGAUGAAUGGGAGCCAAUCCUGAACCUGCAGAUCCUGCAGAGUGACAGGUCUCUGUUUGUGGGGCUGAAUAGCAAAGUCCUCAAAAUACCACUGGAGAGAUGUUCCAACUACCAAACACAAAGUGACUGUCUGGAUGCGAGGGAUCCGUACUGUGGCUGGGAUCGUAAACAGAAACGCUGCAGUACGAUAGAGGAAAGCUCCAAUAUGAGUCAGUGGAUCCAGAACAUUACACACUGCCCUGAGCGAAACCUCACCCAGGAUGGAGCUUUUGGGUCAUGGUCACCGUGGCAGUCCUGUAACCACAAUGACGGUGGUGAAAACACCAGCGCCUGUCAGUGCCGAUCUCGGUCCUGUGAUAGUCCUGCUCCUCAGUGUGGAGGACUGGAGUGUGUGGGUGCAAAGAUCGAGGUGGCCAACUGCUCCAGAAACGGUGGUUGGACCCCCUGGUCCUCAUGGUCUCCCUGCAGUACCAGCUGUGGUGUGGGGUUUGAGGUGCGACAGAGAUCCUGCAAUAACCCGGCCCCCCGGCACGGUGGGAGAGUAUGCGUGGGCCAGGCCAGAGAGGAGAGGUUAUGUAAUGAGAAUACUCCGUGUCCUUUGCCGGUGUCCUGGGUGCCGUGGAGCUCCUGGUCUAAGUGCAGCGCCCCCUGUGGUGGAGGAAUCCAGUCUCGGGUCAGAACCUGCGAGAAUGGAAACACCUGCUCAGGCUGCCCUCUGGAGUACAAAGCAUGUAACCUGGAGGCGUGUGCAGAGGUUCGUCGGAACACACCCUGGUCCCCGUGGUACCCGGUGAAUGUAACAGUAAGCGGAGCUCGGCAGGAGCAGCGCGUGCGGUUUACCUGCAGAGCUCUACUGGCCAACCCACACGACCUGCAGCUCGGCAAACGCAAACUGGAGACACGUACCUGUCCGCCCGGUGACGGGACACCAGGCUGCGAGACUGACGGUCUGGUGGAUGAUUUGGUGAGGGUAAGCCGGCCUGUUAACCAUGUACAAGGAGCCUCCUGGUCCCCGUGGGAGACAUGGUCCUCCUGUUCUAAAGAGUGUUCUAAAGGGUUCCGCACUCGUAAGCGUUCGUGUUUAUCACCUGAUGGGAAGAGCUCACCGUUUUCCUGCAGCGGAACUCCUGUGGAAUAUCAGGACUGCAAUACACAGCCAUGCUCAGUAAAAGGGGUGUGGUCAUGCUGGUCUUCCUGGUCUGAGUGUUCUAUGUCCUGCGGGGGUGGGCAUUAUCAGCGCACUCGGAGCUGCUCUAAUCUCACCCCUAAACUUUCAGGCGACAUUUGCAUUGGAUUACACACUGAGGAGGCUCUCUGCAACACACACGAGUGUGAAGGAGGAGGGUGGGGGGUGUGGUCCGAGUGGUCUGACUGUGAGGAGGGGUUUCAGCACCGCAGUCGCACCUGUGAUGUAAGCACUGAGCCCUGUGAGGGGAACAACACAGCCUGGAGAGCCUGUGCUCCCAGUGAGAGUACAGUGGGCUUACCUGGACAGAAGAGGGGCUUAAACUGUGGAGGUUUCUCUCUCUUCCACCUGCUGCUGACGGGCGUGAGCUGCUUCCUGGCUGCUCUGUUUGGAUCUUUUAUGGUUUAUGUUUUCUGUCAGAAGGUCCGUAACCCUCAGCAGGACUCUGCAGUGAUCCACCCCAGCACCCCUAACCACCUGCACCACAAAGACCCCAGCGGCACGCCAAAGAACGAGAAAUACACACCUAUGGAGUUUAAGACGCUGAAUAAGAACAACCUGCUCCCAGAGGAAAGCUGUAACUUCUUCCCGUCUCCUCUGCAGCAGACCAACCUUUACGCCACCACGUAUUACCCCACCCCACUGGGUAAAUACGACUUCCCCACCUUAGACUCACCCUGCAGGAGCUACAUGCACAGCUGAACCCUGCUGUCUCACACACAUGCACUGAGGAACCCAGAGGAACCCAGAUCUGCAUCAGCCUUCAUCAGGUGCAGAGCAAGAGGAGUGAGGUGGUGUUGGCAGCAGUAAUAUUGAUGAUUUGGAUUUACUUUGGAUUAAACCAAUCCAAUCCAUUUGGAUUUGAUGUUGAAAAACGGAGAAAGCAGGGUGGCUGCCUUGCAGUGAUUGGCUGGGACACGCAGAUUGUGGAUCAGAAAGGCCAAAAACAGAUCAUGUGACCAAGGCCAAAAUAUAUAAAAUAAAAAAAAAAAACAUUUUUUAAAACUUUUUUUAAAAAAUAACAGGCAUGAACUGUCCAUAGCUUUCACUUUUGAAGGGAAUUUAUGAAACGUGAACUUUGCGUCUUCCGUCAGGAAGAAGGACUGAGGACGAAAUAGUCCCUUUUGCUUGAAUUCUUCACGAGUCUGGAUGUAGGACUCAAAGACAAUGCUUUUCUUUCUCUCACUCCUCUGCUUCAGGCUCUUAUUAACCCACAGCUGCUCCAAGACAGCUCAGACCGUUGGGCUUCUUUAUCUCUAGAGAGGAAAUGCAUUGGUAAACGUAAACAUCUGAAACGUUGAAUAAUAGUGAGGAGAUCAACACUAUAAAAUAUCAAAACUAUGAAACGAUCUGUGACCAUAACAUAACUCACACAUUGAUUUCUUUCCUAUUUGGGUAAAGUAUGAGCUUUACAUGCUGAUGACAUCAUCUCAUUUAGUUCAAUAAUGUAUGUAUUGUUCUAUUUUUAAAAAUUGGGAACCAAAUUCAUACAUGUAUUCAUACAUGUAUUUAUCUUAGAAACAAAUCCAAAUCAAAUCGAAUUUAAUUGUAUAGCGCUUGUUACAAUAGUACAGAGUACAGAGACUGUGAACAGAUUAUCAGUGGAUCUGACUAUAUCAGCCUAGCUAAGAGGAGAGGGCCAGAAGGUAACAUAGACACCAGAGCUCCCUAAACAUUGGUAUAUUUCAAGCAUUUAAUUCAAAAUUUAAUUCAAGAUUUAAAUGAAAUAAAAAUAUGGAAAAUAUGUAUUCAGUCAGGCAGAUAAAACAUUUUAACUGGUACUGUUUGUGUGAUUCCCUUAAAUUUAGAAAAUAAUGCAAAUAAUAUAAAUUUUUAGGGCAACCUAAAUAGCGCUAUGUGUGUUUUUUGGUCAAAGGGCAAAACAACAUGGGUAAAUUUUGAUAUAUGUGUAUAUUUGUAGAGUUCAUACUGUAUAUAUACCUGCAGCUAUAGAUUUUUUGACUGGUAAUGAUUGUAAGUUUGCCGUUAUACAUACCAAUAUACCACACACUACAAGUAAAAGCAUCAUUUUUAUUUUUUAUUUUUUUUAUUAUUUAUUUUUUUGUAUGUAGCCAUUGUGAAAUAGAAACUAAACUGUUUUUUCUGCCAAUUUACUAAUUUUCACCAAAUAUUUCACAAUUUGAAAAUUUGAUUUGCAAGUUAACAAUUUAACAGUAGACUGAACUAAACAGAACCAACAGCAUUAUUUAUGGCUCUGAGGGUCUCAUAUUUUCAUAUUUUCAGGUGCAUAUUUUUUAUUACUUGCUUUUGAAGUUCCUGUAGGCAUGGUUACUUGUAAAUUGCCACUGGACCAUAUUUUUAGUGUAUUAAUUGUUCCAUUUUUGCACAACAUUUGAUUAUGUAUGUCUGUACAGGAAUUACAGGCUUACUGUAAACUUAAUAUGUGUGUGUGUGUGUUAUUGUGAAAGUGAUUUUAAUUGUGUCUCUGGGUGAUAUUUAAAAUUCUUUAAAUUCUGUCUAACCACCGAGGCACCACUAGGCUUCACUCGAACUCGAACAGUUAUUCACGUGGCCUUGCCAUGAGCAUGCUGACCAGUGUCACAAGAUAACACCUCACCUCACAACUUGUGCUUAUAUGUGUGGGCAUUCCAAGCCGUCCCCUGAGAUAACACUUCAUGAUCAAUGUACAUAAUGCUAUGCCAUGACUUUUGGCAGAUUGUCAGUUGUGUGUGUGUAUAUAGAUUUUCUUGUCUCUAUAUAGAAUGUCUGUAAAAUACUGUAAUUAUGUAAAUGAUUUCUGUGAACUCGAGUCCAGUCUGACUUUUAAAUGCACCACAAACGGACGUCUGAUCAGAAACCUAAACUGCACUGUUCCACAGAGAGGAAGAGGAAGAGGAAGAGGGAAUGGAUCUAAAUACCAUUUUUCUCUGUUCUUAUUUUAAUGUUGAGUAGUUUUGUUUUGUUUUUUGUUUUUUUUUGCUCGUGGGCGGAUCCAGAGGAUGAUGAUGAUGUCAUGACGAUGAUGUCACACUGUGUUGUGGUUCACUGUCCCUUUCAAACUCUUGUUGGUUGGACCUAUUUGCCGUUGCAUGUUUGGACGCAGAGGAGCUUCCCUAUGCAAUCCAACACAGACCCCCCACCACCAUCACUGCCUUUACACACACUGUGAACUUUUUGCUAUUUUAUAUUUUUGUAUACUGUAUAUUGUAAAAAAAAUAAACAUGAAGUUUCUCUCUGUAAAGAUUAA